AUCACCGAUCUCACUUCGCUACGGGUGCAGUGCAGAUCCGAGAGCCGCAUUCAGCUGAGCACUCUGAUCGCGAACCUCCCACACCAGCACACGCACAAACGACAACUGUGGCCAUCUUUGGCGAAAUCAACAUUGCUUCUGAUAGGAAUCCAGAACCUGCUCGAGAGUUCGAGCAGUACGUCGUCAUCAUGCCGUUGUCUUUAGAGGCGCCUGUCCUGCAGAUUGACACACAUGUCAUCCACAAGGUCGACACAACAAACCCCGCGAAUCUCUUCAGCAUGUGGACCGUCUUCGCAAGGUGUCGCGAGUCGGUCGCUCAAGGAAGGAGACUGGAAAAUUUGAGCUGGCGGCUGUGGAACCGGGAGACAUUCUGCUGUGAGGGCCAAGAGCUCCUCGCGUCAGCCUGCGGUAGCAGCGCGACCAGCAAGCCGCAGGACAUACAGUAUCCCAGCGGGAUGGUCGCCGACGACCUGCCUCAGCUUUCCGGAAGCGUUGACUCAGUGGCCGACGAAGAGGCCGUUGACUUCACAACGGACUCAGCACCGAUGGACAUCGUACGCCCGAGGAUACAGAGACAGGAUUCGUGUGCAAGCAGUCGCAGUCGCGGCCGCGAGCGCCACAUCACCUCGGACGAACUGGAGAAAAUGGUCCUCUCGAUUGUGGAGGCCAAGGAGCCGCUGAACGCUCCCCUGCCCAUCCUCCCUCGCUCUCUAUCCGAGACACCGACGAGCCCGACGAGCCCCCCCGAGCAGGAGCGAACCGGUUUUAGUAGCACCGAGUCGCCGUGCGAGACUUCUGAAAAUACCUCGCCCGAGUCGAUCCCGAUGGAAAAAGUAUCGGAGACGGUGGCGCAAAGUCGGACCAUCGUUACGCGAGGUUUCUCGCCGUCCCAGAUACCCAUGUGUCGCAUCACCUCCCAACCUACAAAGGGCCCUUCUCCGUCUGCGAUCCCUGAGCCCACGGAUGGCCCAACUCCCAAGAUUAUCCUGCCCAAGAAACAGCAAGCAAAGUUCGCCCUCGGGGGAUCCUCGGGCUCGGAUGAAGAAUCCUUCAAGGACGAUGCGGAAACGAAGAAGCAGCUCGCCGUUCCACCGAGAACAAAGAUGUUCCAGCUUGGUGGCUCGUCUGGCGAGGACGAUUCCCCACAGGGUGUACAGCAUCUUCAGAAACCUACGACGUACGGGCAGAAAAAGACCACCUCAUUCAACAAUCAAGUUGUAACUCAGACCUAUACGUCGUCGGCUAUUAGCGAUACCGAGGAUGAUUAUAUUGAUGAGAGCGCCAUUGACGACGACGACGAAGAUUGGGAGGAGGAGUCCGGCGAGGAAAGCGGCCGCUCAAGUGUUGACGAGAAGAUUGACUUCAAACGCGUGGACUCCACCGCCCAUCUACCCUCGCGUCGGUCACUCAUCACCCUCAUGCUCGCGGCCAAUAAUCCCCGUUCCCAGAGACUCGGCAACCUUGCGUCGCAGUCAACAUCUGCUCUUCCCCGAACCCGGACAUCGCUCAAUGGACCCUCACUUGUUGCGUCACCGAAUGACUCGGACGAAGCACCAUUGAUGAUGAAAAGGGGUACCGCGCGCGCACCGCCAAUGAGGUCCAUCAACGAAGUACCCCGGUCCUCAGCACAGCCGAUCAACGCGGCUGCCACAGGAAUGCAUCACCAAGCCGCGCUCUCCCCGCGCACAACUCGGCGUAACAUGAUGGCCACUGAGUUGACCGAGUCCCUCCGGAGAAACCUCCUUCUCGAACGGUCCCACAGGACCUCUACCGCCAACGCAGUCCUGAAGCGUCGGCACACCUCAACUGAUGUGGCGAAUCUGAGGCAGUACCCAGAGAGGCCCUUCAUGAACAAAGACAAGGACGUGGAUACCAAUCCGAAUAGCUGGGACCAAUACUUCCAGAACCCCUUCGCUGGUCAAGCGCCGGCCUGGUAAUGCAUUCACCUUGCUCGCCAACAACCUUACGACAGAUUUCACUUGUAUCUACGGAAGGAUACCCCAGAGCGGCAGCCUAUUAUCGCUGCUGUGUAUUACAUAUUCGGUUCAAGCAUUGCGGCCGGCCACGGCUUACGACACGGAACAUCA